AUGGGAGAAUGGGAGAGAGGGGCAUGGCCUGGUGGAUCUGGGCAGUGCGUAUGUCGGAUUUGGGCGGCGUGGGGAUCAAAUAGAGAGACGGCGGCGGCAUGGGAGAAUGGGAGAGAGGGGCAUGGCCUGGUGGAUCUGGGCAGUGCGUAUGUCGGAUUUGGGCGGUGUAGGGAUCAAAUAGAGAGACGGCGGCGGCAUGGGAGAAUGAGAGAGAGAGAGAGAGAGAGAGAGAGAGAGAGAGAGAGAGAGAGAGAGAGAGGAAAGCUACAAAAUGAAACCCAUCUGCUGCCACCAGCAAGCAGACUCCAGAAAAACAAAGAGUGA